AUGGGAGGCGCUGCAUCUGUCGAGCAUACGCGUUACGAUGAAAACAAAUUUCUUCAAUCGAUGGCUAUUUUAGAGUCGAUUGGAGAUGAUGCGGAGAAAUUUUCAAAACUUAAAGCUAUUUGGACGGACAAUGUAUCGGUUGUUAGUGCUAGAAACAAUGAGAUGGAGGAAUCUACGAAUCAAGAGGAUAAAGUUGACAAUAAGGAAAGAGAAGACGAUGUGAUUAAUGAUCACCACAGUGAAGAAGAAAGCCAUCAGGUUUUGAAUGAGGACACAAAUGUUCAACAAGUUCAAGAAGUUCAUACGUUUACGGAAAUGGAAAGUAGUCACACAAAGGAAUUGAAAGUUACUCCACGAAUUCCAUCUACGACAAUAUGUAUAACCACAUUACCUUCCAUGAAUGUUUCGAAUGAGCUACAGAACGAGAACGAUCAAAAGGAGAUUUAA